AUUCAGCCACAGCUCAUCUUCGGAACUCCGCUUGGGAAGAUGAAGAUUAGGACGAAGGCUCCCUUGGCAGCUGCCUCACGAGCUCAAGUUAUGGCCGUCUUCUAGGAUUACAACAGAGUCCUCCAUUAUAUUGAAGAUCUAUUCGACAAUUGGUAGUUUUCAAGGAUUUUUUGGCCUUUCGAGCGUCUUUUGCAGUCCAGGGGUCUGGAAGCCGUGCUGCUGUUGGAGAUCGAAACGCUGCGAUUGUGCGUUGGGACGUGCAUACCUGAGGACGAGCAACAUGGAGCUCCUUUCAAGGAGUCGUGGAGACUGUGCUCAGAUGUCUCGAUCGACUGCGAUGGUGAUGUUCACCUUGAUGGCUGUUCUUGUGCUUCUGUGUUCUGGAGCAGAAGCAAGUGCGGGGUCACGUAAGUUGAGAGGUUAUUACCAACCUCCACCGAUUUACGAGUACAAGCCUCCUCCGACGUAUGAAUAUAAAUCACCACCUCCACCGGUAUAUGAGUACAAAUCUCCUCCGCCGCCAGUUUACGAGUACAAGUCUCCUCCUCCUCCAGUGUAUCAGUACAAAUCUCCACCUCCUCCAGUGUACGAGUACAAGUCUCCACCUCCUCCUGUUUAUGAGUACAAAUCACCACCUCCUCCAGUGUAUCAGUACAAAUCUCCACCUCCUCCAGUGUACGAGUACAAGUCUCCACCUCCUCCUGUUUAUGAGUACAAAUCUCCACCUCCUCCAGUGUACCAGUACAAGUCUCCACCUCCUCCAGUGUACGAAUACAAAUCUCCACCCCCUCCAGUCUACGAGUAUAAGUCUCCACCUCCUCCAGUGUACCAGUACAAGUCUCCACCUCCUCCAGUGUACCAGUACAAGUCUCCACCUCCUCCUGUUUAUGAGUACAAAUCACCACCUCCUCCAGUGUACCAGUACAAGUCUCCACCUCCACCAGUGUACGAAUACAAAUCUCCACCUCCUCCAGUCUACGAGUACAAAUCUCCACCUCCACCAGUCUACGAGUACAAAUCUCCACCUCCACCAGUCUACGAGUACAAAUCUCCACCUCCUCCCGUGUAUGAGUACAAGUCUCCACCUCCUCCUGUUUAUGAGUACAAGUCUCCUCCUCCUCCUGUCUACGAGUACAAGUCACCUCCUCCACCAGUGUACGAGUACAAAUCUCCACCUCCUCCAGUCUACGAGUAUAAGUCUCCUCCUCCUCCAGUGUACGAAUACAAAUCUCCACCUCCUCCAGUCUACGAGUAUAAGUCACCUCCUCCUCCAGUCUACGAAUACAAAUCUCCUCCUCCUCCAGUGUACCAGUACAAGUCACCUCCUCCUCCAGUGUACCAGUACACAUCACCUCCACCUCCAGUGUACCAGUACAAGUCACCUCCUCCUCCAGUGUACCAGUACACAUCACCUCCACCUCCAGUGUACCAGUACAAAACACCACCUCCUCCCUACUACAGACGUUAAUCUUGUCGACAAGCUGCAGUCUACAAACGGCUUGGGCAUUGCUACUCGUAGUAUUCUCUAUAGACUUCCGUCGCAAUUAUAUGUCAUGCCCACAGUGGAUCGGAAGAUUGAAGGAUCGAAGAGAUCAAUGUGAGCUGCUAAAUCCUAGUUCCUUGCUGUCGAAGUCGCCUUCAGUUGCUUGAAACAGGCCAUUUUAUGUAUACUUGCGAAAAACUUUUUGAACAAAUCCUGAAGUGUUCAUUGUUCA